CGAGGGAAAGGAGAUGUAAACGCAAAGCGCGUGCUGGGAGAGCCGAGGCGUAGGGCUGAGAGCAGCGCAAGCGCCGGAGAUCAGAAGGGCAUCACUCGUCACAACAUCCAGCUUCUCAUCCGCCCUCUCUCUCUCUCUCUCCAUUUUGUCGCGAUUUUUUAGUUUUUACAGUUGGACUCUGAAUCGUAGGGAGUGUUAGGACCAGAGUUAGGCAGCGAGGCUUUUGUUAGCCCUAGUUGGGGGGGAACAGUUGCUGUUGCCCCUCAGUGGGGGAGCGGGUUGUCAUAUUUCGGUUAUUUGGGAGGCAAACCCGUAGUCUCACCGCGUAGUCGUUAAAAAAUCGAUUUGAGGUGUCGCUGCUUGAUUUUGGUUCUGGUUAGACCAGAUUAACGUUACCUCGGAUUUAAAAAAAUAAAACCGUGCCGCGGCUCUUUGUGUAGCUUCAGCUUCGUGUCCCUGUUGCAAGCUAACGAAGUUCCGCACUCCGAGCUCCAAAACAUGUGCUCCCGAGUGUGGUUUGUCACAGACCGGCGGAUCUGCCAGGAGUACCCGCAGGUCCAGAUCCUGCGAGCUCUGAAGGAGCGCUGCGCCGAGGACGAUGUUGAAUUCCGCUAUCUUCUCAUGGAUGAGAUCGUCUUGACCAUCACGGAUGGACAGCUCGGUCUGCGGGUUGAGCAGGAAAUCGUUACCUCAUACCCGCAAGUUGCUGUGGUGCGCGUUCCAACCCCAUGGGUCCAGUCGGACAGUGACAUCACCGUUCUGCGUCACCUGGAGAAGAUGGGCUGUCGUCUGGUCAACCGGCCUCAGGCCAUCCUCAACUGUGUCAACAAGUUCUGGACCUUCCAAGAGCUCGCCGGGCAUGGAGUGCCUCUGCCAGACACGUACUCCUACGGAGGACACGAUAACUUCCGCAAGAUGAUCGAUGAAGCCGAGCCACUGGGUUACCCUGUGGUGGUGAAGAACGCUCGUGGACACCGAGGUAAAGCAGUGUUCCUGGCCCGGGACAAGCAGCACCUCUCAGACCUGUGUCAUCUGAUUCGCCAUGACGCCCCAUACCUGUUUCAGGAGUAUGUGAAGGAGAGUCAUGGACGGGAUGUGCGAGUGGUUCUAGUCGGAGGGAGAGUGAUCGGCUCUAUGCUGCGCUGCUCUACCGACGGACGCAUGCAGAGCAACUGCUCACUUGGUGGAGUGGGAAUGAUGUGCCCACUCAGUGAGCAGGGGAAACAGCUGGCAGUGCAGGUGUGCAAUAUUUUGGGGAUGGACGUCUGUGGAAUUGACCUGCUGCAGCUAAACGAUGGUUCCUUCGUGGUGUGCGAGGCCAAUGCUAACGUGGGCUUCAUAGCAUUCGACCAGGCUUGCGGGAUGGACGUGGCGGGCAUCGUGGCCGACUACGCCCUCUCCCUCCUGCCAAGCCGCCUUAGCAGGAAGAUGUCGCUGCUCUCCGUGGUCUCCAGCACCAGCGAGACCAGCAGCGAGACUGAGGUCUGUAUCCCGACCGAGGUGAUAAUCCCCACAGAGGUGUGUAUUCCCAAUGAGAUCUGCCCGCCUGGCACUACCGGCGUCUCUGCCAUGAGCACAAGCUCCACCUCCAGCGAGAGCGAGGCGGAUCUAACCGAAACAGGCCCCGCUCCUGUCACCGCAGAUCCCACCUACAAUAUCAACUCCCUUCUUGCGAGUGAGAUAAAACUGUUGACUGAGUGAGCUGGAAUUACAGCCACAAACACACACACACACAGAUAUACACAAACAUCAAAGAGCGACACAUACUGAAGUGGACAUUAUUCAUUCAGAUGCACACGUGUAAUCAUACUAACCCUCCCUGUAAACCCCCAUCUGAGGCUGCUCCCCUGAUGUUUCAUCUCCAUUCACAGACUAUAGAAUUAUACAGGCAUUCAGUGCAGUUGGAAGUGCACUAGAUGGUGUACACUCCUGCCUGGCUGUAGUGCAGCAGCUGAAUAUGCGUUUGCCACUGUAAUUUGAGGGUGCAUGCACUGUAGAGUGGUUUUACCAGGACAUGAUUCCCAAAUUUAACCUUUCAGCUUCCAUCAACUGGAUUCUGAUAUACAUACUGUGGGUUAGGGUACACACAUACUUACAUACACUUGAGAAAAUAUUAAAGUCUGUAUUAUAGAGAGAGAAUGAAUGAAUUUUGUCUGUUACAAACUUUGUGGUAAGGCCUGGCUGAAGGUAUAAUGCAUUGAAUGUGUGGGGCGAGAAAGAGGAAACCAAAAUGGACCCAAAUUUCAACUGCCCACCAGGAUACAAAGGCACAUUCCUCCCUGCCCUCAAAAGCCCACAUAGACAGACCCAUAGAGGGUCAGCAAGAACAAAAACUGGAAAGCUGUGAAUAUUCUCAUCCAUCCCAUCUCUUUUAAAAAGAAUGAAUGAGUUGUUUUAGUCUGUUGCUGUGGCUGCCUGUAGUAAAUGAAUUACUGCUGAUCAGACAAGCGUAAAGGUUUCAUUUGCUUUGCUGGUGUCUGUAAAACUGAAUGACUGAUGUGGGACCCAUUUUGAAUUACCUUCCGUAAUGUGUAAGUGAGGAUUUGGCCCAUAGGAACUUUAUUCUCACAGGCAUCUUCUGUCAGGUAAUUCUGUGAACGAGGCAGCCAUUUUAAAAGUCCCCCAUUUUAAACUUUCGGAUCAAUAGUAUGGAAGAUAUUGAGAACGGAAAAACUUGCUGAGCUACUUUUUCCAAUGUCUACUACGCAAAUCUGCUAAUGACCACUUGCCAAUCUGCAUGUCUGCCACCCCAAAGGAAAUUUCCCACACAUUAGAGUCUAAACAGUGAGUUGCAUAGAAAUAGAGCAAAUAGACUUUUAAAUACUAAUGUUUUUACCACAAGGGGCUGAACGAUUUGCCAACACUAAGCGCUGAUGAUGAAUAAGCUAUUUGUCUUCAACGAUUUGUUUGUAUUGCAACAAUAAAACUGAAAUGUCAACUCAAAUGGGUGCUACAUCUGCUCUUAAUUCAGCCCAGUGGUCUAAAAGCCAAUGAUUACCUGAAAGAGAACCAGGAACUGUAUUGACUUGAGCUAAAUUGACAUCUAUUUGUUGUACUCUAGUAAUAGCACACAUUUCUCAUAAGUCUAAUUCUUCUAUUUAAACUUAAGCAACUCUAUUCAUGUCCCUUUUUCUAUCUGGGUUUCUCAAAAUCCACAAAUUCUUAACUUCAGCACAUUUGCAUGUAAUGAAAUUCACAUCGAGUCUUAAAGAUACCAAACAGCAAACCUAAAGUGGACCAAGCUCACAAUCCAUACCAGCUCAGAAUGGUUUACAGUGAUAGACGUCAUAGUUUAGAUUAAUUAAACUUGAGUCCGGACUUUAGAUGAAAAGUCAUUUACAUUUAAGAUUCAAUAUAGAUUUGAAAUUUAGUGUCAACUCAGGGAAGCAGCCUUGAUCAAAUUCCUCUCCUUGGAAACGUGACACAUUCAUGCUAGACAGUCCUGCCUAUGUGUAUCAAUAAACAAAAGGACAAAGCAUUAUAAAAUAUUAAGAAACAGAUGCUGUGAGACCUGACGGUUACAUGCAAUCUUUUCUUUUUUUGUUUUAUAAUAUUUAGUGUUCUAUUGUCUUUUGUUUUCCUAAUUUAUAAUUUUUUUUGUUUCUUUUUUUGAGAAAAAAAGAAAACCUGUUUAUAAGCGCUAAUCUUGCUUGGGAAAGAUGUGACAAAGGGUUUUGGUGUGAGUUGGACUGAACAGCCAUUGACCACCUGAGAUGCACACACACACACACUCUUCUCACAUCUCCCUCUCAAGCGUUGUGAUUUGCUGUCUUAUGUGUGAUGUGUUCCAUCAUUCCAUGCAACCAGAGACUUGCACCCUCCACCUCUUCCCACACAAGAACAAGUGUCCCUGUAAACUCUACACUUUUUGGUGUUUGCGAUAACAUACCAUAUGGUUGUCAAACUCUUUCAAGCUCUGCCUCCACUUCUAGGACAAAACAGGAAGUAUUUUCUGCCCUAACGCUUAAUAAAAUGCAAAUUCAGAAUGGAGAGGUCAAACUCCCAUGACUUGCAUCUGAACUGAGAGCUACAAUAGCAUCAGAUUUUUCACUUGUCAAUAUGAAGGUAUGCUGAAUUGGAUUGUUAAGGUACCACUAUACCCCUCCGACUUGAGUUGGCAAUUAACUAGCAUCGCCUAACUAAAGAUGAAAAACAACAGUUGCUGCUUAUGAACACUUAGCUCUCUGUUAUGGAAAAGGGAAAUGUUUUGAAGACUCCAUGUUCAUUUCAUUGCCUCUUGUUUUUUUUUUUUUAGUGGGAACCUAAAUGCCAAAAAACCAAGCAAUGUUGUAUAUUUUAAAACAAGAAAUAACUAGUGAUAGAACGCUAACGUUGAUGUUAUGUGUUAUUACGUAAUAAUACCAAUAAAGACAUUUUAAAAAUGUCCAGAAUGUGAAGCGGUGUCAGCUUGUCUAUUUUUCUCACGUCACAGUUGACAGGCCUUCUUCCCUGAUCUUUUGCUGUAGUCUACCUCACUAAAAAAAGUGUGGUCACAUUUACUGUUGUUCUGCAAAUUUUCGCAGGCUCAAUCCAGUCAUUUUAACAGGAAUCCACACAUUUGGGCUGAGUUGGUCACAAAUUAACCACGCUGACCAAGAGAAAGCUGCUUGGUUUUAAAGUAACUUGAGUGUAAGCUAUGCAUCAUACAUCGCUAUUGAGAAAAUUUCGCAAAUGUGACCUCAUCUUAAUUAAACAACAUCUCCUACUAUCCAUAGAAUUAAUGAAUAUGAACACCGUACGUUGUAAAAACACUGUUGCUGUGCUGUAUAUUGGGGUCCUUUUUGAUUUUUUGUAUUUGGUAGGUUAUUGGCCAGUCUCGUUCCAAGUGUUUUUCAGCAUGUUGUAGUAGAUUAUGGAUUGACUCUCAGUGUGUUUUGCUCAUUUAACUCCUGGAUCAACACCUCAGCCGCCUUCUCAUACUCCAAAGCCUACAUACACUAAAAUAAAAGGAAUAUAUACCAAACAAUCUAGUUUCUAAACAGAAAAUUUGCUAAACAAUAUCACCUAUUUAAAUGAUGGUGUGGCAAGUUUAGCUGUUUAAUUUAGGGAGUAUAGUGUUGCUGAAUGAAUAUUGGGAUAUUAACAGUUUGGUAUAAGAGCUCAGGAGCUGUGAAGUGAUAAAUCAGGGAGUUUCGUUGUAGUUUGAUAUGAGAGCUGGGAGGCUGAACAAGCGUGCGAUUAGAACAGAGGAUUUAAGCUGUAGUAGGGGGAUGUAGGAGGAAUCUUAAAAGAGAAUCCCAUUACAACCAGAAUAGCAAUGGAACAGUCAGACUGUCAAUUUCCAUCAUGGCUUUAGUCUUUAGUGUUAAUCUGCACUGAAGUCAAAAGCACUUGAUGAAACAUGUUCACAGCUCAACUCCAUACAAGUCAAUGGAAUUCAAAUGUUCCAUUUCAGCAUUCAAUUCAACGAUCAUAUUUACUAUGAUUUGGAUUAGCUGGGUACUGUUGAGGAGAUGAGUGUUGAAUUCAGGAGCAUACUGUAAAUGUAUCUCAUGAAGUGUCUGAAUUGAAUACUUUAAUUAGUCAAACUUUAUUGUUUACCUUGAUGUAGUUGUUGCAUAGUAACCACCAGAGCAUAUCCAGAGAAUGAGCCAACAUGGCUGACUGGUCAGGGCGAGGGUUCACACACUGUUCCUCAAACUCUAACAUACAUCUCAACAACCGAUCAGCCUCCACGCACCGGGCCUCAUCUACAAACACUGUUCCUCAAACUCUAACAUACAUCUCAACAACCGAACAACCAACCUCCACGCACCGGGCCUCAUCUACAAACACUGUUCCUCAAACUCUAACAUACAUCUCAACAACCGAUCAGCCUCCACACACCGGGCCUCAUCUACAAACACUGUUCCUCAAACUCUAACAUACAUCUCAACAACCGAUCAGCCUCCACGCACCGGGCCUCAUCUACAAACACUGUUCCUCAAACUCUAACAUACAUCUCAACAACCGAUCAGCCUCCACGCACCGGGCCUCAUCUACAAACACUGUUCCUCAAACUCUAA